AUGGCCACCAGCCGCUGGACCCUGUGGGGCACUGUGGCAGCCAUGCGCCAUGCAAGGGCAGAACCCCAGUCAUGCCCCACCAAGCAGAAGCUGGAACACAGGCACAUGUAUGACAACAAUGGAGGGACAUGUGUGGCUGUUGCUGGCAACGACUACUGCAUUGUGGCUUCAAGCACCCGCCUCUCCACUGGAUUCUCAAUCCUCUCCAGAGAUGUCUCCAUGGUUCUCAAACUGUCGGACAAGCUCAUGAUCCUGUCGCCGGGCUUCCAGGCUGACGCGAAGACACUGCACAAGGUGCUGCAGCAGCGCUACAUCCGCUACCAGUUUGACCACGGCCGGCCCAUGAGCGUGGCCGCUUGCGCGCAGCUGCUGGGCAACACCCUCUACUACAAGCGCUUCUUCCCCUACUACACCUUCAACAUCUGCGCCGGGCUCGACGAGGAGGGCAAGGGCGCUGUGUACUCGUAUGAUGCCAUUGGCUCGCAUGAGCGGUCGGGCUACGCAGUGCAGGGCUCCGGCAAGGACCUGAUCCAGCCUGUUCUGGACAACCAGCUCAAGGCUGCCAGCCCCCUCGUCCUGCCUCCAGAGAACUGGAUGAGCUCGCUGCCGCUGGACCAGGCAGUUGACCUUGUCAGAGAUGCGUUUGUCUCAGCUGGCGAGCGUGACAUCUACACGGGUGAUGCAGUGGAGAUCUACAUCAUGACCAUGGAGGGCACCAAGAGGGAAGUCCUCGAGCUGAAGAAGGAUUAAAAAGGCUGCUUGCUCUCUCAGCUUCAACUACCAAGCAUGCCAAGAUACGACACUGGGAUGAGGCCAUUUAAAAGUCACAGAAAGCAGCAGUGUGCCAAUACUGGCCAUGCUUACUCUCUGCGAUAGUACACUGUAAAGAGAAUCGAAGUUCUUACGGCUGCGCGCUGUAAUACAAGAGCCCAAUCUACCAAAAAAGGCUUACCUGGGUCUAAAAUCACUGUAUUGCGGGCACGCCAGAAUUCCUUUGCUUGCAUACGCCUGAUCAACGGUCAUAUCAAUGCAUCACAAGUCCUGCUCACGUCGUAAGAGCCUUCGAGGUCAAUGAGUAGGAAAUCAUUUGUUCAAUUUCAUAGUAAGCACGCCGCAUGAAAUGGUAAGGAUAUAUAUAUUCUUGACAUAACUCAGUCACCAGAAAAAAGGGUACUGACGGUACCAACAUCCAGUAAGUAGUCUUGCUGAACUCAUACUCUUAAACCAAUAUUUCAAACACCUCUGAUUGCGCCAGACACUGCACCUCUCUCGCCUCACAAUGGCUGGGGGUCCUGAACAAACCUCGCCAAAUCACUCUUGACCAGAGGCAGUUUGUGACAAUACAAUAGACAUGCCACAAGCGCGCAUGCAUCUUGGGCGACUCGCGGUGUACAGCGCCUAGCUUGCAGGAGGCACAUCGACCGGCAUGCUGUGCCAGGUGGUGAUCUUGGGGUCCCGGGGGUCGCUGGCCGGCUGCCAGCGCGUGUCGCAGCUGAUGCGCAUCUCAUCGCUGUCAUUUCUAGCCG